GGAGGGAGAGGGGGGUGCGGUGAAAUUGUGAAACAUCUUUCUAUUCCUGGAUAGAGUUACGUUGCUCAGCAUUUGGAAAGAGAGACCGGACAAUGUCCAGCUGAAUUCCCUCAUUUUCUUCCUCUUGAAAGGCUCUUUAUACCGCGCGAGACUUCGACAAUUGAGACUAGAAUGCCUCAGCUUGGAAGCCUGUUCACCCAGUUUCAUCUCAGCUCCAAAGCUUCAGAAAGGGCUCAAGGCCAAAGCCCACAUCAGACACUGACACUACCUGACGUUUUACAACAUGUCAGGAAACUCACCGGGCUGAGAAAUGAAGAUGUUUACUGCAAUCUGCGUAUCCCCAACCAGUUUCAGACCACCAAAGAUGACAUCAACAUUGUUAUCCUCACAGGCCAGGGGAUCUUCUGCAUGGAUGUAAAACCCUGGAGAGGUACAGUGUCGGCUCACAACCAAAACUGGCAUGUGCAAGUGAAAGAAGAGGACCAAAACUUUACCAAUACCUGCAUUGAGCAGAUUGAAGAUCCCCUCAAAGCUAUCAUGACCAAGACGGCUAACUUAUGUGGCCACUUGAAGAGGAGUGGGGUGUCUGUGCGCCAAAGCCUCUUCUUCCCCAAGGUUAUCUUCCUCUCUCCAGACUGCGAGCUGGAUGAGGAGCUGAGGAAGAGGAGGGAGCUGGUCUCCCAUAGCCAGAUAGAUGACUUCCUCAGAUCUUUCAGGGAGGGCUACAUGGCCUGGAUAUCAGAUGCACUGACUCCCUCCUGGCUGUCUGGUCAUCUGUCGUACAGGCAGAUGGAGUCAGUGCGGGAGGUCCUGAGGGGUGUGGGAACGUGGGAUCUGGUGCGGCUCCACUGUGGCGAGCAGCUUAAAGGAGACUUCCAGGGCUGCCCGUACAUUGCUCUCAACCGCCAGGAGACGGACACGCUCGAGUUUUCCAGAGUCAAGACCCUGUCGGCUGAUUCGCUGUGGGCCCUGCUGGGACACGCUCCUCAGGUUACUGUUAAAAUGUACAAGCGUGGAUCUCAUAGCUGGCUGGGUAAAUCGCUGAACGCCACCGCCACCAUCCCCUCCAACACCUUUGUGAUCUUCAGGAUCAGCGGGGAGGAAUCAGAUGCCAAAAUCCCAGCAAACACCAUUCACAGCAUCACACUCAGCAUGUGACAGUGUGUGUAUCAGUCAGUAAAGAGGUUAGCCAUCACAACAUGGUGCUGCAGGGAAAGGAAGUGUUUUUAAUCACGUAUGUAGACACAAAAAAAACAAAACUCUUAAUUUAGCUCAAACCUAACGACAUUUUACUGAGUGCCUUUUACUAUGCAGUGUUUGUAUUUUGUUAUAUUGUAUUAACAACACAAGUUCUGUCUUUAACUAAGCAUUUAUCCUAAAACAAAAAAAGAAAGAAAGAAAAGGCCCAGUUGCCGAUUUCCUUGACUCUCUGAUCCUCAGUGGCAAUGUUAUGUUAAUGAAGAUGGUUUCAGACAAUUAGCCUGAUUAACUUUCUCUUGUUUUGAAUUUCUAGGGCUGGCCCACACUUUACACAAGCCAUUAAUUAAUCAUUAUGUUAGCUGAUUGUGUCACAUCAGUUCAGGACUGAAGUGUCUAAUGUGUUAAUUGUGGCAGUUAAAAACUGCUGGCCCCUAGCAAGAUGAGGGCCAUGUUACUGCCUCUAUGGGUUUAAUGGGCGGUGAUUUACAGUCUGUUUAGAUGGUGUAACUGUAAGGUGCUUUAUUAAUAUGCUCCACCGCACAGAGGAGAUGAUAACAUAUUCAAGAGCGCACAGGCGCAGCCACCAGCACCAUUCAUAACUGUGUCUGAGUCACUUUCCAUCGGUUACCAGGCUUGCACAGCUGCGCUAACAGCUAGCAAUUGUAUUUACUGUGCCUGGUAGUGGCCGAAAUGAAGUUAUUUCCAUCAAGAUAUCAGUGCCUUUAGCUAAUGCAAUAGAAGGAGCUCUCUGUGUUGAUGGUAUCUCUUUGCAUGGCAUCUCUCUACCUGAAACAUCAUUACACUGUACUCAAGCUCCUCACUUUUUCAAAUGUCUGCUUUAGUGUUUUACCUGGGCGGUCAGAUCAUUGGUAGUUGUACAAACAGCAAAGUGUUGUUUGCAUUUGUAGGCGCACAUUUUUUAGACUCUGGUUGUUUUCAGGUCAUGGUCAACAUUGCUUGAAUUUAGUGUUUUGAUGAAUUUAUUGUCUUCGCGUAUUUAAACGUAAAGAGUGUCCUCAACUGUUUGCUCCACAAUAAAGAAUAUUGACAAUAUCAGAUGAUCUAGGAUGACAAGGAAAUUACUACAUGUAAUUCUAAUUGGUGGGUGCAUGCAGGUUUUACUGUAGUUUUUUGUCAAUUUUUUUUAUUUAAAAACUUUAAGCACUUUCAGCAUCAAGCCAACUUCAGAAGCAUGAUUGUUAACCAUACUCCUCAGUUGAAUGAUUUAAGCAUGGUUGUUUUAUUCAUUGGUGUGUGUUUUUAGUUAUGGUAUCAGCAACUGUUUUUAUGUUUACAUGUAUUUGUACUAUCUGGUCUCUUAAUAAAAAGAUUUGAUGAUUUAA